UAAGAUUCUGAUGUUGGCCGAAAGGAGAAAAGUAGGCCGAAACGUAAGAAAAAACGUUUAAAAAUUGUGUUAUUAUUCGCCGAAAAAUAUCAAUCUAAACAAAGAAAGUAAAAAUACUCGGCGAUCAAAAAUAGAAAAAUAAAAAAUCAACUAAUGUUGCAAUUAAACGUGAUUUAUGAAGCUACCAGAAGUGAAAUAAUCCAUUUAAAUUUCGUAACUUUUGAUUGUUUUUAUAAGGCAAAAAAGGGUGGUCCAUUCUGCCCCCAAGUGGAUUUUAAUUUAACAGUUCCAGCACCAAGCUUUUCAAUGAUUUGAAGGUUCCGUUGUCGUUUCUUUUCCUUGGUACCAAACUUGUUUGAACAAUCCAACUUUUCAGAAAGCUUUUUCAAAAUCCUCGAAAUUUACAUUUUUGCUCAUAAUUCUAAAAAUACGAUGAAUUCAAACGUGGUUUUCGAUUUGGUGAUGUUGUUUGACGCCCUUUAUAAAACUCUUGCCUUACAGUUAGUCUAAAUUCAUUCUAAAGCCCAAAACCAAGGAUAGCCCAUUCUGCCCCCCUGCCCCUUUGAAAACGUGAUGCCAAUUCUGGCAACCUUCUAACACAAUUUAGUGCCGGUCAAUUUAUGAACACUUAUUAGCCCAUGAACGAGCCCGACUCAUGUAUCAUAACUAGCUGUAAUAACCAGUUGGUAGCUUACUAGUACACCGCUGGUCAUUCGUUAGUUUACUACAACUACUCUACAGACAAAUUGCACUCUCAGCAAAACGUAAAAGUGCACUUUGCUAGUGAAAACUAUUAUACUUGACAAUGAUAAACGUUUGGUUGGGCACUCUCGAGCUUGUUUUGAUCCUUGGUGGAACUUGUAUGGUCGUAAAAAGGAACUCUUACCGUCGAAGAGGUGUACAAAGACCGCGACCAGUUUGCGGCACUGGUCCGCGAGGUGGCCGCACCUGAUGUUGGCCGCAUGGGCAUCGAGAUCCUGUCGUUCACCAUCAAGGACGUGUACGACGAUGUGCAGUAUCUACAAUCACUGGGCAAGGCCCAGACGGCGAGCGUCAAGCGAGACGCGGACGCCGGCGUCGCCGAAGCGAACCGGGACGCUGGAAUUCGGGAAGCCGAAUGCGAAAAGAGUGCGAUGGAUGUUAAAUAUUCGACGGACACCAAGAUCGAGGACAAUGCCCGAAUGUAUAAGCUGCAGAAGGCCAAUUUUGACCAAGAAAUCAACACCGCGAAAGCAGAGUCCCAGCUCGCGUACGAGCUGCAGGCGGCCAAGAUCCGCCAGCGAAUCCGUAACGAAGAAAUCCAAAUCGACAUCGUGGAGCGCCGCAAGCAGAUCGAAAUCGAAACCCAGGAAAUCAACCGCAAGGAUUGCGAACUGUCCGCCACGGUGAAGCUGCCGGCGGAGGCCGAAAGCUACCGCGUGCAGAUGAUCGCCGAGGGCAAGCGCACCCAGACGGUUGAGGUGGCGAAGGCCGAAGCGGAACGCAUCAGGAAGAUCGGCGCGGCCGAGGCGCACGCAAUCGAGAUGGUGGGCAAGGCCGAAGCCGAACGGAUGCGGAUGAAGGCGAACGUGUACAAGCAAUACGGCGACGCUGCCAUCAUGAACAUCGUGCUCGAGUCACUGCCAAAGAUUGCGGCCGAGGUGGCAGCUCCGUUGGCGAAAACCGAAGAAAUCGUGCUGAUCGGUGGCAACGACAGCACCACGGCAGACGUGGCACGCCUCGUCGGGCAACUGCCGCCGGCCAUCAACGCCCUGACCGGUGUGGAUCUGUCCAAGGUUUUGGGCAAAAUUCCCGGCGCAAAGGCAUAAUAAACAGAUCAAGGUAACACACAGACACGCGCAUGCAAACGAGACGAGACCCGAGGUGAGCAGGACCGCCCCCAUAGCUAAUCGUUCGAAAUCAUAACUAAAUCAGAGAGGGAGAGAGUGUUUAAGGAAAUUUAGCACGAUCUGUGUACAGAGAGCAACGUUUUUCUUUUUUUGGGAAUAGUAAAAUUAUUAUCGACUUCGGCGUAAAAGUUAACCUCACCCUUCACACUCCAGACAUUAUAAGACCAACAACAGCGAGAGUUUGUGCUUUAGCGUAUGGUUAAAACAUAAUAUAUUUCAGUUGAAUGUUUAUUAAAUGUUUAUGCGUCACAAACAGAACAUAAAACAUUAUACAAAACACAAAAAUUCAUUCAAACUAGAAAAGCAGAUUUUUGGUACUUCGUUUAUUCUUCAUCAAUGGUUUAAUUCUUAAAAUAUUGAGUUCAAAUUUGAUUUUGCAUGCCGAAUUUUCAAAUCGUUUACAAUAAAAAUACAAUAUAUGCAACGUGCAACAACAGCGAGACAAAAAAAAUGGAAUGUAUUUUCUUCCUCACGUAUUUUUUCCACACGAAACUCCUCAAAGACUUCUUGCUAAAUGAUGAUACCGAGCGUAGUUCAGUGUUUAUUUUUAUUUGUUUAUUUCUUUCGAGCUUUGCCAGCCAUUUUUGGAAGCUUCGCAUUUGCUAAAAAUGUCUAGUUUGAACUGUCUUUUUUCCUUCGUAUCGUUUUACAUCCAAUUAAGGUUUUCCUAUUUAAGGAUUCUCCGGUGAAAAUUGUCUUUUCUUGUUUUAUUGUUUUUGUUUCAAGAAUCUUUUUCGUUUUAGAUAUUAUUUAAAUCUUGUCUUGUCCUAAACCUCUAAAAUUUGCCUUUCUCAAAUAGCAGCGAUGGAAGAAUUUUUUGUAGCUGGAUUCCAUCGAGCAAUCGAGUGUUCCAUUGAGCAGUUAUUUUCUCUUUGGAGAGUAAUCGUUGAUUUUCUUACCAUUCCUACUUCCAAUCCUUUAAAAAAAGUUGGAACGGUAACUUCAAUUCGCUGGUUUGGUUCGGUACAAUUUUUUUCAUGAGUGAAUUGUUAGGAUAUCUAGAUGAUUCUAAAACUUUGAAGAACUCGAUUUGAUCAAAUUUGUAAAUAUUGCAAUCAAAUCAUUCGCCCAAAAUUCCGCGAAGGCUGUCACUUUAAAAAAAUGGAACGAUGUUUUCGGUCGCAGAAAUUUCAGAUCUGAUCAAAUUGAGUUCUGCAAAAUUUUAAGAUCAUCUAGACAUCCUUACAAAUCACUGGAAAAAGAUUCGUCCCGAUUGAUUGAAUAAGCUCGAGAACCAGCGAGUUGAAGUUACCGUUCCAACUUUUUUUGGGAGGCUGCGUUGGGCGUUGUAGUGUUAAGAAAUUUCAUCUUGCUACAGUUGAAUCCCUAGUUGUCGACUUUUACUAUUUCAAUAUAUCUCUAUUUCUCGAUGGUCUCUCGAUAAAUGACUUCCGCGAUGGUCCCUUGGAUUAUAUUUCUCCCAAAAAUACCCUUCUUACCUCAAUGUUUUCUAUUUGUCAUGGCUUGCGUAGACACUGCUCUUUGUGAUAUGCAGCUUUAAAGGGAGUUUGCUAUUCGUUUGUUCUUGUUUGCAGGACGUUGGCAUGAUUCUCUCAUGUCACGGUGUAAAACCUAAUUAUCUUUUGCAAGCAGAACAUAACCAAAUUUUUCGGCACCCCCAGUAAACGUCAAACCUAUCCCGAUUUUUUAGUGAAAAUGGCGUUACGAAUUAUGCACGCCCGAAAAGUCAAAAUCGUGAAGCGGUGCCAACAUUAGAAAAUAAAAACGUUGCUUAAACCACCUCUAUGUAGUUGGUGCCCUCCUCUCAUUUAUAGAGUAACUCUCUUCCCUAAAUGAAGGUGUGUCUAGGAGGUCAAAUUAAAAAGGUUCAUUUUCCGAAUGAUUUUAUAGCCUCUCCUCAGUGAGGAAGGCAAAAAGUAUACUUUUUUCUCGGUUUUGUAAUGUCGGUACCACUGCGUGAUUGACAUUUCGGGUGUGCACUAUUCGUAACGCCAUCUUCGCAUAAAAAUCUGAAUUCAAAUUGCUACCGGAUCUUUUUUGGAAAAGAUCCUGCAGCAAUUUUGUAUCGUUUGCGGAAGGUGCCGAAAAAAGGUAAACAAAUCAUUUCGUGCAUCAGCCAAUGGGAGAACUGUCAUUUCUACCACUCGCAUCCGUCGCUCCCGUCGCUCCAUUCGACCUGGCUAUGAGAGAGAAUCAUGGAAGCGGCCAGCAAACAAAUGUCAAAAAUCAUUCAAAGCGCAAAGAAAAAUGUCUACGAAAGCCAUGAGGAAUUGAAAGUAUUGACAACCGGAAAAGAUUUUUAAUGCAAAAAGAAUCCAAGGAACCGGAUAAAGCUCCUUCAAGCAAAGUAUCGAGGAAUGAAGAGAAUCGAAGUGCAGUAAAUGGAGCAUAUUUGGGAUCGAGAAGAUCAACAACCAGAGAGUCAUUUUAUUUCAUUGGGGCCAGUACGCAGCUCCAAAGGAAAGGGGUCAAAACAAAACAGCUUUGCGAACAGCAGAGCAAAGAAGAGGGAUCGAUUUUUUGGGGCUGUUUUCAGCUUCUCUACGUUGCUUUCGCUGAUGCUGUUGCCUAUUUGCAAUUUUUCUUGACCGGUUUCUUACCAAGUGCGUACACUGCUUUGAUAUCUUGAAGCAGAGAGAAGAUAAGUUUGCUCUCAUUUGACUUUUUCUUUUAGUAAGUGCCGGGCCUGAGUUCUUAUGAUGAACAUAUUUCUGUUUUUGAUUACUAUCUUUAAAUUUCUUCUUAAAAUGGUAAAAGUUGAGGGGAUUUUCGAUUUUUUUUAUACAUUCAUUUUGUCCAAGACAUUUUUCUUUUUGUCUAGGCUUCAAUGCCAAACUUGCUGCAAAAGGGUAAAGUAUUAUUACUAAAUAUUCAGUUAUACCAAUCAUGAUUGAUUGAGGUAUCUCGAUCAUUUCCAUUUACCAUGGUCUGCUCCGAAGUAUUUUUUUCAAAUAAUGCGUUUGAAUGGAAGCACACGUGUGUAAAACAAUAAAUGUGAAUAAUAACAAAACAAUACAUGCACUUUGACAUCAAACGAAAUAUUACUGCCACUCUGGUCGAUAGAAAGAGAUCAUACCAUCGUAAAACGUUCGAUUUCAGUUUUGAUUUCAUUCCCGCACACACUGUGUAUCCUCUAAAUAAAUGUUUACGUCGUUGUUGUGUUUUUCGUAAAGUCUAUUUGAUUAUAUUGAAUUACUAAAAGUAAAAGGUAUGACUAUGAUCGUGAACUCACCAUUAACCUACUUGCAACGUUUGUAAAGUACAUUAACUUUCUUCACAAAAACUACAAAUCUGUAAUUAACUUUCAUUCACAAAACGAAGUGACGAACAAACAAACCGGCAGCACACUCACGAACCCAGUUGUGUUCAAAACGAGAAAAAGAUAUAUCGAGAGAAUACGAUCCGACAACCGUCUGCUGCUAGAACACUAUACGAAUCGUUCAAAUUACUGACCAGUAAGAGAUAGUUGAGAAUGCGACAUCGUGGUUCUGCACACAUUUUACACACUGUAAAGCAAACUACACUUACCAACAUACUUUCUUCCACACACACACACACACACACUUUUCCCUUGGACGGCUAUUCUGUUGAAAAUAUUUCUUUUUUGUUAACAUUCGUUAAGUCCAAUUUCAUUCUAUCAAA